AUGGAUGAGUUAAAAAUGUCUUUUAAUACAAUAAUUACUGAUUUGGCAUCUAAAUUACAAAAUUUAACAGCUGCAGAUCCUUCUAAUGAAACAGAAAUUAUGGCUAAUAAUUUUUUAGAAUAUUAUGUUCAAACUGAGGAAGGUGCUAAUUUACUUGAAAAAUAUCAACAAUAUUUAAUUUUACUUAAAAAACUUAAUAUUGAUAAUUGUCGGGCAUCAAAUCAAUGUUCUACCAGACUAGGAAAUAUGCAACAAAUUUUAACUGAAAACACAGAUACUUAUAAUAAGUUAACUGAACAAUUAAAAAAACUUCCUGAUAUGGCUAAACAAUUAAACUCUAUUAAUAAUAGAAUAGAUGUUUUACAUAAAUAUAUAAUUCAAUCGGAACUUGCAUUACAUCAAUUAUCAUACUUUAAAGGCGAAACUACAUUAUAA